AAAAGGAAAGUCAAGUGUACGCUAGUAGAAAACGUGUGAAGCAGAGGAUCAUUUAACCUACUAACUUUGCUUAUUUGGCGGCCGUAAAAAAGUUUCCGACAAAAGACACGGCUGAACUAAAAAGAAAAAUAUAAUAAUAUAUGAAUUGAAGAAUAGUCAAAACCCGAUUGGCGGGAAUUGGAUCCCCCACCUUCCAGUUUUGAUCUUUGGAAAACAACAACAACAACUGAGCCACUGAUUGAUGUGAUCAAAUAGUGGAAGAUAUGGGAUUGUCGGAUAAUUCCAAGGGAUUGAUAUUAGCAAUGGCGUCUAGCGCGUUUAUUGGGUCCAGUUUUAUUUUGAAGAAGAAAGGGCUCAAGCGCGCUGGGGCUUCGGGUACUCGCGCAGGCGUUGGCGGUUAUACCUACUUACUCGAGCCACUGUGGUGGGCCGGCAUGAUAACAAUGAUUGUCGGGGAGGUUGCAAAUUUUGUGGCUUAUGUGUACGCUCCUGCAGUUCUAGUUACCCCUCUUGGGGCACUAAGUAUAAUUGUGAGUGCUUGUCUGGCACACUUUAUGUUGAAGGAAAGAAUUCAGAAAAUGGGGAUUGUAGGAUGUAUUACCUGCAUUGCAGGUUCAGUGGUAAUUGUAAUUCAUGCACCACAAGAGCAUACCCCAAGUUCUGUACAAGAAAUUUGGACUCUAGCGACACAACCAGCCUUUCUAAUUUAUGUUGCAGCUACACUUUCGAUAGUUUUAGCUUUGAUUUUGCAUUUUGAACCCCGUUAUGGGCAGACAAACAUUUUGGUUUAUUUGGGAAUAUGUUCCUUAAUGGGUUCUCUUACGGUUGUAAGCAUCAAAGCCAUCGGAAUUGCUAUAAAGCUUACAUUGGAUGGGAUAAAUCAGAUGGCUUAUCCUCAAACUUGGUUUUUUCUUACAGUUGCCGCAAUCUGUGUCAUUACACAAUUAAAUUACCUCAACAAGGCCUUGGAUACAUUCAAUGCCGCGAUUGUUUCUCCGGUAUAUUAUGUCAUGUUCACAACUUUGACCAUUAUCGCUAGUGUAAUCAUGUUCAAGGAUUGGUCAGGUCAAAACGUGAGUAGUAUUGCCUCUGAGAUUUGUGGAUUCAUCACUGUGCUCUCUGGAACUAUCAUACUUCAUGCCACGAGAGAACAGGAACCACCUCCUCCAGUGGGAACAGUUACAUGGUAUGUUAGUGGGGAUUCGAUGAAGAGUCCCGAGGAUGAACAUUUAAUCACUCUACGCAGUUCGGAGUAUUACGAGCCAUGAGUAUUCUUUUUAAGACGAGUGCAUUGAUCUCCCUCCGUUGACCUGGAUAGAAAUAUGUGAACCUGUGAGAAUUUGCAGGUGUUGGCCAAAGCCAGAACGGUAGUUUUCGUGCUAUUCCUUUUCCUGACGACUUGCAAACUAUUCAGUUAAUGGAUUAAUGCAUCUGGAAUUCUUUGCAUCACUGUGAACUUGGAAGGAGGAGUUGAGCAGUUGGGUAUCGGUUCCCAUAUGACAGUGGUGAUCUCAUUUUCACUUACAUUUGUAGAUAGACAAAGCGAUUCUUCUUUUUGCAUUUUGUUGAGGUUGAGGUGUUGUAAUGAUUGGGGUUUUGUUGAUUCUUUUUCAUUGUUAUAACUCAAAACGCUGUCUUGGUGUUUUUCUAGGUUUCAAGCAUACAAAACAUCUUUGCCAUGUUUCAUACUAAUAUAGUUUGUUGAACUGGAAUCAAGCUUUUGAUUAUCUGUCCAAA